AUGAUGAGCAAUGCACAGUAUCAUAAGGAUUAUGUUGCAUUCAUGGAUACACUGCUGGCAAAGGGUUAUGCCAUUGAAGUUCCCGCAGACGAGAUUACUUGCCAACCUGGACGCAUCUGGUAUCUGCCACACCGUGGAGUGUAUCACCCGAAAAAGCCGAACAAGGUCAGAGUGGUCUUUGACUGUAGCGCCAAGUAUGGAGGUUUAUCAAUCAAUGAUGUUCUUCUACAAGGCCCCGAUCUUGCCAACUCUCACAUUGGUGUUUUAGCUCGUUUCAGAUCAGACCAAGUUGCCUUCAUGGUAGAUGUAGAGGCCAUGUUUCAUCAAGUCAAGGUUCCACGGGAGCACCAGGACUAUCUACGGUUUCUAUGGUGGCCUAAUGGUAAUGUUCAUGGUGAGCUGAAAGAGUACCGCAUGACUGUGCACACUUUCGGAACUGUAUCCUCUCCCACUGUUGCCAAUUAUGCCCUGAAAAGCACAGGAGCCAAGUCAAGAUCCAACUAUGAUGAUCAGGUUGCACAAACGAUAGAACGCAACUUGAAAUCUGUUGAGUCUGAUGAGUGUGCUAUUGACUUGAUAAAGAAUGAGAUUCAAGCCGUUGAUCUCAGUCGAGAUGACAUUCCCAUGGAGAGAGCACUGGGGAUGCAGUGGGAUAUCAAGCUGGAUUGCUUCAAGUACACAGUUGACUUGCCAGAGAAGCCGUUCACUAGACGAGGAAUUCUGUCCAUGGUGUCCUCCUUGUAUGAUCCUCUAGGUCUCGUCUCACCGGUGCUGCUGCCUGCUAAAAGAAUCCUUCAAGACUUGUGUAAGGACAAGGAUCUAGGCUGGGAUGACAACAUUGGUAUGGAGUUCACAGGCAGAUGGACAAAUUGGCUCCAGGAAGUCGACAUGCUCAAAGGUCUAACUGUUAGAAGAUGUCUGAAGCCUCCUGAUUUUGGUGAUGUAUUGUCUCAACAGUUGCAUAUCUUCUCUGAUGCUAGCUCCACAGGAUAUGGUUGCUUUGCAUACAUUAGGCUCUUUGACAUAAAUGGAAACAGUCAUACAACACUUCUCCUGGGAAAAGCUAGACUGGCUCCUUUAAAAACACUGACUAUUCCCAGACUAGAACUGACAGCUGCUACUGUUUCUGUGAAAAUAGGACGAUUUCUCCUCCGAGAACUGGAUGUAAACAUUGACAGUGUUACCUACUACACAGAUUCAACAACCGUGUUGGAGUGCAUUCGCAGUGAAAAGAUCAGAUGUCCAGUGUUCAUUGCCAACCGAGUGACUUAUCAGGGACUUCAGUACACCAGAACAGUGGAAGUAUGUCGGUUCCAAACCAACCCAGCUGACAUCGCAUCUCGAGGAUCUAGCUGCUCACAGUUUCUGAAAUCCAUUAAAUGGUUCAAUGGUCCAAAGUUCUUGAGAAUGCCUGAUUCAAAAUCAAUUUCGGAACCUCGGGAAACAAUUGAAGCUGCUGUGAUGUCAACGUUGGAUGAGACAGCGGAUUCCCCUGGAGAUGUUGUUAGUAAACUCCUCAAUUAUUACUCAUCCUGGUAUAGAUUGAAAAGAGCAGUCGCAAUCUAUCGCAGGUUCUUCAACUUUCUGAAAUGUAAGUCUCAAAAAGAAAAGCCCUCAGCUAACGCUCUUUUGUCACUCCAAGAACUCGGAGACUCCGAGAAGAGUAUUCUUUCCUUGGUACAGCAAACGGAGUAUGGCUCAGAAAUCGCUAUCCUCUCUAAGACCACAGAAAAAGGUCAUCAACUCACUGUACUACCAAAAAGUAGUCCUGCCCACAAUCUCUGCCUGUGCUUUGUGGAUGGUUUACUCAGAGUUGGAGGGCGUUUGAGCAAUGCCAACAUCAGUGACACUAUGAAGCAUCCUGUCCUAUUGCCACAUUAUGUCCGAUGCCCGACCAACAGGGUACAGCCAUCUCCACCAUUCACCUGCACUGGACUAGAUUUUUUUGGCCCUCACACCGUGAAAGAAGGACGCAGGGAAGUAAAACGGUCUCUGACAACAGUGUCCAGUGAUCCGUCAGAUGUAGAACCUUCGACACCCAACCAUUUGCUGAUGGUAAGAUCCAGUGCCUACAUUCCACCACCUGGAGUAUUUCAGGCAUCUGAUGUCUAA